AUGGAAUCUCUUACAGAAGAAGAUACUCCAUUAAUCAAGAAGGAAGAAAAAUUAACGGGUAGGGGGAAACGCUUUACACAUUUAUAACAAUUAGUACAAGUUUAUUGUUAAAAAUACGAGAAAAAUUCUACUUUUAAAAAAUUAUUCCUAAAUCAGCUUUUUUAACAACCUUCAAACACUCAUUAAUAAUUCACAAGCUUACAAAUCAUGUCAACCAUAAUAUGUCACGUGCAGUGGCUUUAAACCUGAUAAAACACUCCUAAUUAGUAUUCUUUAUAUAAAGACUACUAAUAAGGCAGUAUCUAUUGUUGUCGUGUCCCCAUUAGUAUUUUUUAUAUAAAGAAUACUAAUAAGGCGGUAUAUCUAUUGAAUUUGUAGUCGUGUUUGAAGCCGUUUAAUAAACUCGCAGGUCGUGUUUUAUUAGCUAGGUCUAAAGCCACUCGCACUGCGCGCUCGUGUCUUUAAACCUAAUAAAACACUCCUGCUCGUUUAUUGAACAGUACUUAAUUGCUUUUUGAAACAUAUAGUUUUCAUCUUAGUUUUGGAAUACGACCAAUUGGUUGUUUGUUGUGGAAACACCAUUGAGCUAUCCCAUGCAUGUACUGAUGUCGACUUAGACUGACUUUGGUUAAUAGAUGAUCGUGGUCACUGCUACCAAAACAAUAUAUUAUAAAUUAUACAAAACGAUAUAAAUUAUGAUUUAUAAUUUACUUUUCAUUGUUUUAUUUAAUGACAUAUUAAAUUAAAACAAUAUAUUUAAGUUUCUAUGCGUCUUAUGCGUUUCUAAGAAGGGCAGUUUAUACCGGUGCUGUUUUCCUAAUAUUAAUUCCAUCAAGGGAAGUCAGUGCCGUAGCUAGCAUUUAUAGUUGGGGGGUGUAGGCCAAAAAUUUCCGAAUGACGAAGAAAAUUUCCGAACAUUCGCAAAUUCUUGGCGACCUCCCCCUCCGACGCCAAAAAAAUUUCGGUCAGUGUACCAUUUUAAGGGUCAAAAAUAUUUUCCGGACAUACCAAAAGUCAGAUAUUAGCUAAAAAUUGCCUGAAUCUCAUGAUUUUCGUACAAAAACCAUAUACUAUUAUUGCCGUAAUUUUCCAAAUGGCCAUCCCAUUUUCCGAAUAUGUCAAAAGGUGGGGGGGGGGGGGGGUUAACCACCCCCCCCCAAUACUCCCCUAGCUACGGUCCUGAGCGAAGUGCAAGAAACCAGAUAAUUGAAGUCAACUUUAUACCGGUGUUACUGUCUGUGUGUAUAUAUGUGUAAUUUUCUAUAGGUCAAAUGUUGAAAGAUAUUGGUACCUCGACCAAAUCAAGAAGUCCUUCUCCGCCAAAGAAGAUAAUAUAUUCUAAAGAUCGAAGUUCCCUGCAACUUAUACAUGGUGCAGGUAAAUAUAAUUAAUAUAUUUGCUUUUUAAGUUUUGAGUGUGUUACAUUAUGUUAUUGGCAUUUCUCUUUUCCUUAGGAAUAUACAGAGAUUUCUUCACACUCAAGAAGGGCUAA